AUGGCAAACAGAAAAAAAUUAAAUGUGGAUCAAAUAAUCUCCUAUUUAGAAGAAGAUGACGAUGUGUUUUCCGCUGAUAUUUUCAUCACACCUCCUGAUAAUUGGCAAAAUAGCGACGAAGACAGUGGUGACGAAGAGUUUGCAAGUAUAAAUAAUUUGUCAAGACAUCAAUUACUUGCAGAAGCUGAACUUCGGGUCACCAGAUCGUUUCAUACUGAAUCUACCGUAGUGAAUGAGCUCGUUGGAGAUGAAGCUAAAGUGGACCCAAUACCUUCCACAUCGUCAGUGACGCAGUCUCCACAGCCCAGCUGCUCGUCGUCAGUGACACAGCCUCCGCCAAAAAGAAGACGCGUUGAAGUCACAAGAAAGUGGAGGUUUGUAGAUAUUCCAGAAAAGGCUGGAAAAGAGCACUGUGAACCAGAUUUCUUAGAAAACCUUCGAAAUCCUAUUCAGUUUUUCGAACUUUUUUAUGAUGAAGAGGUGUUUGAAUUACUCCGAUCAGAAACAGAGAAAAAUGGAAUACAAAAAGGGAAACAUGGAUUUCGAGUUUCAACAACAGAUAUAAAACAUUUUAUUGCUAUUUUAUUAUUGUCUGGAUAUAAUAGUGUAUCGAGAUACAGAAUGUAUUGGGAGCAAAAAGUUGACUGCAGUUUUCCAACAAUUGCAGCUCUUAUGUCAAGAAAUCGGUUUGAAGAGUUAUUGCGUUAUUUCCAUGUUGCUGAUAAUAAUAAUCUUGACCGUAAUGAUAAGUUUGCUAAAGUACGUCCUUUAUGGAACCUGCUCAAUGCUAGGUGGAUAAAAUAUUAUCCUGGCGAUAAAAACUUGAGCAUCGACGAAUCGAUGAUUCCAUAUUAUGGUAAACAUGGAACCAAACAGCACAUACAUGGCAAGCCCAUUCGCUUUGGUUACAAAAAUUGGUCCAUUUGUACGCGGCUGGGCUAUUUAAUAUACGGUGAGCUUUAUCAGGGAGCUAGUACCGGAAAUACUCAUCCUGAAUUAGGUGUUGGUGCCUCAGUGGUUCUGGAUCUUAUCUCAAAAUUGCCACAAGGUAGCUACAGCUUUUAUUUCGAUAACUUUUUUACAUCUCUACCACUUCUUGACGAGUUGCAAAAAAUGGGUCACGACGGAACGGGGACUAUACGAGCUAAUCGAACUGAGAAGGCACCUUUGAAAGAUCCAAAAGAAAUGAAGAAAACAAGUAGAGGAUGUCAUCACCAAUGUACAGAUACAUUAUCUAACAUCACUCUUGUAAGAUAUAAUGACAAUAACAUUGUCACAGUGGCCUCGACUCAAUGUGGUGUUGCACCUAUAAGUAAAGUGAAACGUUACUGCGACAAACAAAAAAAAGACGUUGAGCAACCCCGUUGCAUUGUAAAUUACAAUAAAUAUAUGGGUGGCGUGGACCGACUUGAUCAAAAUGUGGGUUGUUAUAGAAUCGCGAUUCGUCUGAAGAGAUGGUACUGGCAGUUGCUCAUGUUUCCAUUAAAUGUCGCAGUCAAUAAUGCUUUCCAACUUUACAAAAUAUCCCCAGCUGCAAAAAAACAUAACGGUACGCCACAUGAUCUUUUAUCAUUUACGAGAGAUAUUGUCUCUACAUACUUUCUGAUGAAAGAUUCAGCCCCUACUACUUCAACCAUGUCAACUCCUAGAUCUUCACUAGCAGUAAUAAAACGUGUGCCCGAUGAUAUUAGAUUGGAUGGUAAAGGACAUCUAAUUGACAAACAAAAUAAACAAACACGAUGUGGUUUAUGCCACAAAAAUACAACAAUGAAGUGUAUCAAAUGUAAUGUUGCAUUACAUAGCAAAUGUUCCAUUUUUUUUCAUACUGAAUAACACAUAUAUCUAACAAUGAUUGUUACGUAAUAAUUAUAAGAUUUAAAAUAUAUGUAAGUUUAUCUAAUUUUUUACUAGUGCAAUAAAUAAAAAAUGUGAA